CGGUCCGUGAAAAAAUUGUCCUCCACGAAACCGGUCCCUGGUGCCAAAAAGGUUGGGGACCGCUGGAUUAGAGAACACAUUGACACGAGCAGGAUUCAGAUAUGAUGAGGUUGGCUCUCACAUUGCAAAGGCAUGGAGAGGUUCUGUUUACUUUAUAUUAUUUGUAAAUGACCUUCAUAAACUCUGUCAUGUGUGAACAAAGGUGCCAUGUUUAAGAAUUAUUUAACUGUGAUUAAAAUCCGGUAUAUUUGAAAAGUAAUGUAUUCCGUCAACAUUUUUACGUUUUCCCCCCCAGGUGCAUGACAAUUAUUUUUCAUACUACAAUUAUCCUUUUCACCAUCACGCACAUUUUGUAAAACAUACAUAGCACAAGCCACAGACGUCGCUGCAUUAAAUGAAGCAGUACGUUAUUCGAAAUCUGUGGUGAAAGUGUAGUUAAAGUAUAGCUUUAAACCUAUUUUGUUUGCCUGGUGAAGAUAGUUAUAACCUUUGUUCGUUAUUGCUCAAAGCUGGCAUUGAAACGAAGUUUAAUAAUUGACUAAUAGUGGCUGACUUGGCAAAAGGGAUCCCUCUUCAGCAAUGCAUGACUGUUCUGUCAGGUGCCUAUGGACUUCAAAACAAAAGCACAGCCUUUGAAGAACAAGCAACCAUUUGCCUCUUUCUCUGGAAACGAAGUCCAGGAAAGAAAAGCAAAACCCCAUUUUAAGCAUUACAAUACCACGAGCUUUCUGAAUGCUGUGUAAUUGGUUGCUCAAAGCAGAGAUGCGAAUGCAUUUUCCCGAUUUUAUUUCCACAUGUUAACCUUACAAUCUGUUAAGUGUGAUAUAUAUUUAUAUUGCUGCGGUGAUGGGGCGCAGCACAGUAGCAAAGUCACCUCGGGCUUGAAGGGACCUUUAUUGUGAAAAGUGGGUCAAACAUUGACUUGAAAGGCACAGGAAGCACCCAAGGCAUGCUGGUUCCGCCCAAUGCUGCGGCAUUGGCUGACGAGCGGUCGCCGUGCCUUUCAGUCUAAGCUCGCGUGGCAACGCCGUCUCGGUUAAAAUAAUCAGCUGUCUGUCUCGGAGCAUGCUGCUGUACGUGGAGGUCCCAUCGAAGAGUUCCUCGGAGCUGAACCCCAACGCCAAGGCAUGGCAGGUGCUGGUGCUGAGCGGAGACGAGCCUGGGGAGCUGCCCUCUGGCACGGCCGGUGACGGCGCCUGGCACGACCCCUCUGGGAGCACCAACAUGGCCGCCGUUGCCUACGAGGGUGCAGUGUAUGAGCAGGUGAAUGGCGAGGUGGGGAAGCCCUUCCCAAGCAUGGGAGAAUCGCCAGGCUCCGUGAACGUCCAAGAGCUCGCCUCCAUCGGCGACCUGGUCCUCCAUGCGCCCGAGACUCCGUACUCUCUCUACGAGCCAGCGCUCAUCACGGGCCAGCCAGUGGAUGGAGAGUUGGUGGGAGACUUCCAAAACAUGAGCAAGGAGGACCUGAAAGAGGUGCUCAGAAAACAACUGGAGUAUUACUUUUCCAGAGAGAACCUGGCCAAUGACCUAUAUCUGGUGUCCCAGAUGGACAGCGAUCAGUAUGUGCCCAUCUGGACCAUUGCCAACUUUAACCAAGUCAAAAAACUUACGACUGAUAAGGAUCUUAUUGUGGAGGUCCUGAGAUCAUCAGCAGUAGUGCAGGUGGAUGAGAACGGCGAACGAGUUCGACCUAACUACAAGCGAUGUGUCGUCAUUCUGCGUGAGAUUCCAGAGACCACGCCAAUCGAGGAGGUUGAGGCCUUGUUUGGGGGUGAACAGUGCCCAAGGUUCAUCAGCUGUGAGUUUGCUCACAACAACAGCUGGUACAUCACCUUUGAGUCAGACACGGACGCCCAACAGGCAUUCAAGUACCUGCGAGAAGAAGUGAAAACCUUCCUGGGAAAGCCCAUUAUGGCUCGCAUCAAGGCCAAGCCCAUUGCCAUCAACACGUUCCUGCCCAAGAAUGGCUUCCGGCAAGCAGAGAUCAGCAUGUACCCCCUGCAGCAACAGCAGCAGCAGCAGCAGCAACAGCAGCAGCGCUUUGCUACACCAGUUUACCUGCAGCCCAUAUACAGCACGCCACAGCAGUUUGGUUUCUAUGGGGUGCUGCCUCCACCGGUCUGGCCCCCAUCAUCUGCUUACUUCGAAGGGCCGCUGGCACAGUUUCCAAGCACUGGCUUCCUGAACGGAUUCACCUCGCCUUCGCCGUUUAAACCAAUACCAGCUCAGAAUCACAUCAGACACUACUACACUGGCAACAGAAUGCCUCUGUUCAGCAGGAAGGGUGUUAAUAACUACAGACACCAAGGCAAGCCUCACGGGCGGGCCAGCGGUAGUGAGCGGUCGGCCUCGGAGGGUGGCACUCCGCUGGCGACGGCCGCCACGUCCCCCGCGUGCGACCAGGCGCUGCCCAACGGCGGGGACAGCAGCCCCCAGCCCGCGACGCGGUACAGCGCUGCGGUGCACGGCGGUGCGGGCACAGGCGUGAGUGGCAGCGGCGGCGGUUACAGCCGGAAGGACGCGGCGUCACCUCGAGCGGACAGCAACUCGGGCGAAGGGCACGCGCCCUUACCCCGAGGAAGUCGAAACGGCUACAGGACAGGAGGCCGGAGGAGAAAAGAAGAAGAACGAAUGGCUCCCAGUCCUCCUGCCCCAGUUAUACCCGAGCCGAACUUUGACCUGGCCCCAUCCAACUUCCCCCCUCUACCUGGCGCUUCUCAAAGCAUCCGGCCGGAUGGGGUGUUUGAGAAUCGCAUGGCUGACGUCGUACGAGGGAUUCCCAGAGAAAAGCACGCAAAUAAUGACGAGAACUCAAAUUCGACGGCGGACGCGAGAGAGGGAGCGGAGAGCACGCGGAGCGCGGUGCCACAAGCCGUGGCCACCAGCCCCCUGAAUUCCCCAACCGUGAAAACCGUCAGUGAGAGCAGGAGUAGCGUGGCGACGGUGGCGGCAGCAACUGUGGCAGACGUUAAGCAUCCGCCAAAGUCUCCGCAGCCGCGAGGCACACACGGACAGCCCACAUCGCCUCCGCCUCAACCGCAACCCCAGCCUCCACCCCAGCCUCCACCCCAGCCUCAGCCCCAGCCCCAGUCCCAGCCCCAGCCAGCAUCCCCUGCAGGUGGUGGCAGCAGCACCAGCAGCACCAGCAGCAUCAGCAGCAUCGGCAGCCCCACAGACGUGCAGGAACCGAAGAAACUCAGUUACGCCGAGAUCUGCCAGAGAGCGCUGAAGGACGGCAUUGUCCAAGUGCCAGCACAACCUCAUUCCCAGCCCUUGGCACGGGAACACAAGACCAGCAGCAGCAGCAGCAGCAACAGCAACAACAGUGCCCAGUCCACCUCCUCCAACAACGCCGUGGCUUGUGUCAGCGAUGGAAUCGGCAGGCGUGACGGUCAGGCCAGGGCCGCCGACGGCGCGGCGGCGGCGGAGAAGACGGACGUGCGUUCGUCUCGCGACUCUCGCGAGACGCAGCGGCUCGCCGGGGUUGUCGCCGGGAGGGCGGCAAUGGCGCGGCGGCCUUCUCCACAGGGCUGGUACCACGGCGGUCGUCGCGCCAGCCGGGAGCACGGCACGCCGCCACCCAAGUCGCCAAAGUGACCUGGCAGCGAGCGGGGGGGGGAGGGGGGGGGCCGGGGGGCAGCUCUGCCCCCCUCUCUUGACCUGUGAGACGGUGUUUGGAGGAAGGGAGGUGGGAGGAAAAGAUAAAGAAUGAAUCCCACCACACCAAGGGCAGAGCGCUCAAACUGACAAGACCCCUUCCCUGCGUGCGGUGAGAGAGUUUUGAUUGCGAAUAGAGGGAGAAAAACACACGGAAGACGACGAAUAAAAGUCUUAACUUUUUUCCAGGCUUGACCACGACAUUUUGCACUUGAAAUGCAAGGCAUUGCCGAUGCUACGGUGUGUACAUGCCCAUUUCUUUAGAGGGUGGUGGUUGGUGCGACAAAGAAAAGGAACAUCUACAGUCAGUACAACACCACUCAAACAUGGGUUUACAGGUACAAGUUGGACACCAAAGUGGUCAUUUUUUUCUAUUCUCCCCAGCCCCCUUAAUUUUCCCCCCCCUCCCAUUGUGAGAUAAUAUAUGCAAAAUGCGCAACGUUUCUAUCACACUGCUGUGCAAUUCUACUAAAUAUAUACCAUUGUCAAUCGUGCAUUGUGCACACGUAGUGCAGAGCAUACAUAUUUAUUUAAAUGAGGCGUUACCCAUUGUUUGAAAGUCAAAUAUAUCUCGCGCUCAGGCAACCUGCUGACAAGAUAAAUCGGCAGCAAACAUUUCAACAUUUUCUGAAAAAAAUAUAUAUAACAAUCUGGUAAUCUUUAAAUUAUGAUGGGCUUUAUAUGUGCAAUAGUUUUAAUUCAAAAAAUCUGAAUACUACUGUUCCAAAGCCAUUGUUUUAACUCUUUUUUUUUCUCAAACAACGUUUUUGGGGGGGUGUGGGCUUUUCAGCCGGUAAUCUUCGAUGCCAGGUAAUGGACAGAUGUCAUGGCCUGCUACCAUGCUAUCGGGGAAAUGCGCCACACAGCAUGUAAUUUCAUGGAAAGAUUCCUUCCAACAACAAGCGAUUUGAUGGAGCGAGGAAAACUUUGCUUACAUUUCAUUUUGACUUGUUUUUUUUUCUCUCUAACACCCCCCCCCCACCCCCGAUGUGAUGCGGUAAAAUAACUCUUCAAAGAAAGGAAUUGAAAAGCGUGCAUUGCAAAGGUGCAGGCAGCCAUCACAUGAGUUGGCGGGGAUGCAUGUGAUUGAACUGGCAUAGCCCACGUGCUUGGGUGGACAAGCCCCCCCCCCCCACUCGUCUUCUCAUUACAGCGUGGUUUACCCAUUGUGGUUUACCCAUUGUGGUUGCAUCCGAAUUGGUGCGUUUGGUUAAAGUACCCCAAAAACGUGGACUUUUUUUGGUGUAAAUAGAACACAACCCGGUUGCUUUAAAACUCAACGCGAUAUACCACGAUUUAAAGAACGUUGCGGUCGCAGUUAGUUGCAAGGCAGAGUUGAGCGCGCUUCUACCGUAGGGGAUGGACUGAGCACGCGAGCGCUAAAAUUUAGGUGGGUUGUUUGAAUCCCCAUUUUUUUUUGGCGCUGCGUUUUUGAAGCACUAGAAAUGCCUUGUGUUCAUUACAGACAAAAAAAAAUAAAGAAAAAAACACCGAGUUGUCUUCAUGUGAAGUAUGAUAUUGUCCGUCAUCUCGUCUCUUCGACAACGUGAGGCAUGUACAGGCCAAAAUAACGUACAGUUAAUGAAAGCCUGUUUAUUUAUUGCAGCAGCGGUUCUGGGUGCUUGCCAUUCUGUGCAUCGCUUACAUGUUAAAAGUCGGCCGGACCUGCAAUGUCAUGUGUACAUAUGCCAAUCUGUUGGCGAAAAUCAAAUAACCACAGCGAUUGAUAUUAACUGUACAUAGUGUGUUACCUGUGUCAAAGACGCUAUUGCUGUUAAGAGUGACAAAAAGGUGUAUAUCUAAAUAAUAUAAAUGGCUUAUAGAGUAGAUUUGACAAAUCACAAAAUACAGUCUAAGCGAUGAUUAUAAAACUGGAACAUCAUAUGAAUGAGCCACUUGUGAAAAACAAACUUAAUACUGGUUUAUCACGUGGUAAAUGCUGCCAGUGCUGGGAAUAUACAGGCUCUUGAAGUUGAAUCCAAUAAUCGUAGCAUAGUGGUCAAAAAAGGUAUUAAAAAACGAAUGAUGACGGGACAGUUUUGCACUGUAUUUAGAGAUAACAGGCCAUGAGAUUGAGAACGUGUAAGCAGUGUUGAUUGUUUAAAGGGGAGCAGACAUUGAGCAGGUGUUGGUGAGCUUCGGUAAUUGAUUUCAAACUGUUCGUGUUGGGAAGUGAGCAAAGUGCCAUCUCCUCGGCCACUAAAUUGACAGCCUUCUGCAGAAAGUGGUGUUAAGCAUACCACAUGCUACUUGGCCACUUGAUUUAGCAUACAAGUUAUUGUGUACUUUCACAUGAGGAAAUGCAGAAAUGCUCAUAUAUAUAAAAAAAAUCAAAUUGAAGUGGUUUUAACCAUUUCAGACUGCUUAGAUUUACUUGUGUUGCAGGUCCUGAUUAAAGUGUUGACUUGAUGUAGAAGUCAUCUCGCCCUGUUUCGGACCAGCCUGAUGUGCUUGUACAGAUCUUGCAGGUUAUCUUACUGGAGACCCUUGGGCAAAUCAGAACAUGUGCAGGGAAACUGUUCUCUUCACCCCAUCGUAACUACAAUUUGGCAUGAAGGCUGGACUCUACCAACACCUUUUGUAUACACUGUAAACACUAAGAGGUUUCUUUUCAUAUCAUGUGACUGUCCAGUCAGGGAAUGCCAGAAUAAUAAUCGUGCAUUAACAGACAGUCUGAUGAUUCUUGGGCAUCGCUCAAUCUGCUAUAAUGUAAUUCUCAAUCUGCUAUAAUGUAAUUCUCAAAUGUGACUUGGCAAUGCGAUUACGGGAUUGGCUGAAAGGACACGUGUGUGUGAGGCUCUCUGGUUUAAAUUGUCAUUGCUGGGCCCUAAUUGCCACAGCCCUCGGUUUCUGUUUUGCUAAAAUCCCCCAGUGAGAGCUUUCUCCGUCUGGCUUCAUCUAGCAACCAGGAGUAAUGUUGCGGCAAAGGGUGAAAACAAAAGUAGUGCGUUUUGGAAUUUCUGCUUCCUGUUUUCUUGGGUAUCUGAAUGGCCUAAGGUUGGCUUGCCAUUUGCUAUGCAGUGGCUGACCGAAAUUUGCAAACCACAAGAAUGCAUGCAGCUUUUAUUUUUGUUUGGUGGGUAAGCCCUGGCAUGAUUCGAUAACUUGCUGAACUGGAGCUGAAUGUCUCUUGCUGAAGAAACGAAUGUAAUGGUGGCGACAAAACGUGUUGGCACAUCAUUAAUGUUUUUUUAAUUCAACACGGGUAUAAUUCCAUGUGGAAAUGGACUCAUUGGGCUCGCUUAAGGUGCUGCUUGGAGUUUUCCACGCCUGCAAGCAAGAGGUUACCGACAGCUUAUGUUUGGCGCUGUUUGGAGAGUGACUUCCCCCCCCCCUUCUGCUGAGGUUAUGUUAUUUAUAUCUUUUUUUUGCUUUGCCUGUCUCAUUUGCAGAGGGCUCUAAUAUAGAAAGUUAGUGUCGUAGAGUAAGAUAAAGCAAUUGGCGUUUAAGCUGCAGUGGAAUUAAGCGAUGCAUGCCUUUGUGAGCUGCAGUCCUUCGUCAUUUAAUUGAAACAUUGCGAUUUCUCUUUCGUGGCCAAAAAUAUAUUUUGGUUGAAUAUUGGAUAUGAAGAACGAUAUAUACAAAAAAUGUUUUUGCAUUUUGGAAAAAUGUACUGAACAAAAGACAUUUCUUUACGUUACGUAUGGCCAUAACCAAAAAGCAUUUUUGGCAUGUUGGUGACUCUUACCACCCACCCAGUUGUGACCAAGGUGCUGUUUUUGUUGAACGCUUGGGCCCUGUUGUCGGUUGCAUAAAAUGCAGGAAGUGAUUUCCUACCCCCCACUUCAACUUGCAUUGCUUUAAAAAAAAACUAGCAGGAAACGUCCUGAAGGGUUUUAUGCAACUAGACUCUGUGCCCCAGAUAUACCAUUUGUGAACCAAAAUGUUACAGAGAGCACUGCUACCAUAACACGGCACGCGGUUCAGUUUAUUGUAUUUCUGGAAAAUUCAUAUUUCUGUUGUGAUGGAGAUAAAUUAUCAUUGGCCGUUGUGAUGGCUUCAAAGUGUUGGGUGCUUCCUCAGUGGAUGCACUGUGACUUGCUGAGCCUUUGACAUCCUUAACAACUUUUUUUAUGUAUUUUUUUAAGCGUACUGGUGUGAAGUUAAAUUUCAUUUUUUUCCAAAAUCAUAUUGUAAGGCCCAGGGCGUUGCUGCAGUUGAUGAUGGAAGAAUUACUAUAAAAAAUAUUUUUUAUUUGAUUGAUUCAACAAAUUAAAGAACCAAACAUUUUUAACACCAAUUACAUGAAACUUUAAGAAUAAUUUGUUGGCUUGCAGACGUUUUGGUCCAUCUGCUCUUCUUAGCUCUGUUAGUGUUAUUUUGCCUUGUAUUGGAAAUCACCUGAAUGUUAAUCACUGUUUAACUUUAAAUUGUGAUGAUAUAGUUUGAAAUUUUGACAUGGCAGUUUUUUUUUAAAAAUAUGAUAUUUGUAAUGCAUUACUGCUUUUAUUUAGACGAUUAAAAUUAAAUAGAUGAAAGAAUGCAUAGAGAUGUUUGCUUUUUGGCCAGAGGAAAACAUCUGCCUGCUAUAAUUUAUGACUAGUCGCAAAAAAUGUACAAAAAAAACAUAAAAACACAAAUAUAUAAAAUAACUUGUUGAAUAGUAUUGGCAGCGGGUUUGGUGUUAACUAGGUAAAAAAAAUGUUCCUUGUGCACAAUUAUGAUUAACUUGCUGUACACUGUGGAAUAUUGCUUCGAACUACAUGGGAGGAGAGGAUCCCAUCACUGAAUUACGACAAUGUCGCAUUGUGAUGUCAAAACUUGAAUCUGGAUCUGCGCUGGGUGGUGGUGACUUCUUUGCCUUAAUUUUUUUGUAUUUAAUUGGGGUGAUUGUCGUUGUGGUCGUCGUCGUCGCCGCGUGAUGUUUUGCACCACGCUUGCCGAAAUGCAUGCUGCUGUCGCUCUGUUCUAUGGCCAGCAGACUAACAGUUGGCCUCUCUCGCACACACAGUCGUGUCAACAACUAUAGAGUAACUAUAAAUUAAUUGAUUAAUUUAACAAAUGAAAUUAUGUCUCGCGUACUUUUUAUUUCUUGGAGCCAGUAAUCCACACGGUAUUUGCUUUGCAUCAUUAAAUGUGCUGUCAUGUUCGCAGGAAGUAUUUUCACCACUCGUAUGUUUGGUUUUGCCUUCUUUUCCCAACCAUUAUGUAAUAAAUUGCAAAAAAAAAGUGUACGUUUAAAACAACGUUGUUGGAGGAAAAGACGGCCGUGCACUUGAGAUGAAGCUAAUUCUGUAUUGCGUGUUCAUGUAUAUAUUGUUUGUACAUCGAGACAACGGUACUAUCUAUGUUUUGUUUGUAUUUUUUGCAAACAUGCUACUUUGCUUUUAACUCGUCUCGUGUAUAUCAUGGGGGCUUGGUGCGCUCCUGGUGCCGACCGCAAUGCGUUGUGGGGAUGUUUCGCGUCUACAAACAAUGAGUGCCUGGGGGAGAUAUUGGCAAUCGAUGUACUGCACAAAAGUAUAGAUGGUCCAACACUUAGCCUUCUCGAUAUGGCAAGUGCUAUCGGCGAGCACCGAUUAUUUAGGAAACAAGGCGAUGAUGGUGUUGCCCAGCAUCGCACUUGGUCAACCUUUUUUCUUCCUCAAGUUAACGUGGCAGGCGGCACGAGGGCCCUUCUGAUACCACCACUUGAUAUUGCACAUUGCCAGGAAUUGACCCCAGGUCAGGACGAUGAUAUCACUCCACACUGCUCGUACUCAUGAACACUUUGUUUGGGUUUGUGAAUACAGGUGAAACCUCUCAGAGGAAGCCACAAAUUGACUUUUUUUUUUUACCAUGUCCCUGUAGACAGGUCCAGCCCGAAGCAUUGUUUUCAAGAAAAAUCUCAAAAUAGCAUUUGUUCCAUCGUGGAGAGCACUUUCAUUGUCCAAGCCACUGUGAGCCUGGGGUCACCGCUAACAACCAUUGUGUUAUCCAGUUGUUUUUUUUACCUAAAAUUGCCAUACAACAAUUCAACAGAGAAAGCAUCCGAGCACAUCUUAACACGAUGACUGUACGUGUGGUGGUGCCUUGCAAGCGAUUUUCAAAUAUCAGAGUAGUUUAUCUUCGGGAAAGUUGUCAAUCGAUAAACCUCAAGGGACCUCGUAGCUUCAUACUUUUUCACAAGCACAGCCGAUUCUGUUUUCUUUAACAAAUGUUUAAACGUCAACAGCGCGUGUAAUAGAUGACGGCUUAUAAAAAUGUGAUCAACGUUUUUUUUUAAUAUUCCUCGAUAAGGAGCUUGCAUUACCAUUUUCCAUUGUAAUUUUGAAUUCUUUUGAGACCAAAA